GCGGUUGGAUAAAUAAUGACACUUGAGUCUAAAGUGGCAGUGACCGCCAAAAAAACCGGCGUAAAGAAAACCAAGACCAAGAGAGAUCCCAAGGAUGCGUCGAAAAAUGUUAUGCGGGAGGUGAAAAUCCGCAAACUCUGCUUGAACAUUUGUGUUGGAGAAUCUGGAGACAGAUUGACCCGUGCCGCUAAAGUGUUGGAGCAGUUGACUGGACAACAGCCCGUCUUCUCCAAGGCCCGGUAUACAGUUCGUUCUUUCGGUAUCCGAAGAAACGAAAAAAUUGCCGUUCACUGCACAGUACGUGGUGCUAAAGCCGAGGAAAUUCUUGAACGUGGCUUAAAAGUACGUGAGUACGAAUUGAGAAAAGAAAACUUCUCAGGAACUGGUAACUUUGGAUUCGGUAUCCAAGAACACAUUGAUCUUGGAAUCAAAUACGACCCCAGCAUCGGUAUCUAUGGUCUUGACUUCUACGUUGUUCUCGGACGUCCAGGAUUCAACGUAGCACACAGACGCAGAAAGACCGGCAAAGUUGGAUUCCCUCAUCGCCUGACAAAAGAAGACGCAAUGAAAUGGUUCCAACAGAAAUAUGACGGUAUUAUUCUAGCUGGCAAAAAGUAAUUAACGGUCUGUAUAAUUACUAUUUGAUGAAUAAAAUAAAAAACAGAAUAAAACACGA